UCACUUUCACCUAGCUCCGCCCCUUCUCUCCCUCCCCCUGCUCUCUUAUUGGUUCUUCCUCAUCUAUCUUCCACACUCCCUCCACGCUUUUCCAAACUCUUCUCUUUCCCUUCAAAGUGCACACUUGUGUCCAGUCAUCAUCUGCCCGAGGAGCUGCUUCACUGUGACUUUAACGGAAUAGAAAGCGUCUGGUGAGUCGGUCACUCAUGACUCAAGGUAACGGGGAGACGCGCCUCCAGCGCGGCCGCGCGCAGCAGCUACGGGACGGAAUCACCGCGUGGUCGCGGCAGGUUCGCGCUGCGGUACACAACGUCACGGUCGAUGACGUCAAAGGGUGCUUCCGGCGGAAUGCUUUCGUCAUCUUCACAGUCGCUGCCGUCAUCGUUGGUAUAAUCUUGGGCUUUGGACUGCGGCCGUAUAAAAUGUCAUAUCGACAGGUGAAGUAUUUCUCUUUUCCUGGAGAGUUGCUGAUGAGAAUGCUGCAGAUGCUGGUGCUCCCUCUACUGGUGUCCAGUUUGAUCACAGGUAUGGCAGCUCUGGACAGUCGUUCUUCAGGGAAGAUGGGCAUGCGAGCUGUAGUUUAUUAUACCACCACCACCAUCAUCGCCGUCUUCAUCGGGAUCAUCAUGGUCCUCAUUAUUCAUCCAGGACGAGGAAGCAGAGACGAAUUCACCAAACAGGAAAAAAUAGAACAAGUUAGUCCUGCAGAUGCUUUCCUGGAUCUCAUCAGAAAUAUGUUUCCUCCUAAUUUAGUGCAGGCGUGUACACAGCAGUUUAAGACGCAGUAUGCCAAGCGUGUGGUGACGGUAACGUUGACGGUGAAUGAAAGCGUGUUCAGUUUGACAAACGGUUCGGAUGAACUCAAACGCGAGGAGGUGAUACCGGUUCUGGGAACGGUGAAUGGAAUCAAUGCUCUGGGUCUGGUGGUGUUCUCCAUGUGCUUCGGCCUCAUCAUCGGAAACAUGAAAGAGCAGGGGCGACCGCUGCGAGACUUCUUCGACUGUCUGAAUGAAGCCAUUAUGAGACUGGUGGCCAUUAUCAUGUGGUACGCGCCGCUGGGUAUAAUGUUCCUGAUCGCAGGAAAGAUCGUGGAGAUGGAGGAUUUAUCAGUAAUGGGCGGUCAGUUAGGCAUGUACACCAUCACCGUCAUCAUCGGUCUGUCGAUACACGCCGUCAUCGUUCUUCCACUCCUGUACUUCCUCGUGACGCGGAGAAACCCGUUUGUGUUCAUCGCUGGCAUUCUGCAGGCCCUCGUCACGGCCCUCGGUACCUCAUCCAGCUCUGCCACGUUGCCCAUCACGUUCAAGUGUCUGGAGGAGAAUAACGGUGUGGAUAAACGCGUGACGCGCUUCGUGCUGCCCGUAGGAGCCACUAUAAACAUGGACGGCACGGCGCUGUAUGAGGCUCUGGCCGCCAUCUUCAUCGCACAGGUCAAUGACAUGGAGUUGAACUUUGGACAGAUUUUGACCAUCAGGUGGUCAGUGAAAGAUGAAGUAGAAAUGAUUUGGUAUCUUUACAGCAUCACGGCAACGGCGGCCAGUAUUGGUGCAGCUGGAAUCCCUCAGGCUGGCCUGGUUACCAUGGUGAUAGUGCUGACCUCUGUGGGGCUGCCCACCGAUGACAUCACUCUAAUCAUCGCUGUGGAUUGGUUCCUAGAUCGGUUGCGCACGACCACUAAUGUUUUGGGUGACUCGAUUGGCGCUGGUAUUGUGGAGCAUCUGUCACGUCACGAGCUGCGUUCUGCAGACGCUGAGAUUGGAAACUCUGUGGUGGAGGAGAACGAGACCAAGAAAUCUUACCAGCUCAUCUCUCAGGAGAGCGAGUGCGCGAACGCCAAGAUCCCCGACAGCGAGACCAAAAUGUGAGGGAGUUUCUUCAUGGAAAACGGGAGUUUUGUACAAACGUUAGUGAUGUGUGAUAAAGCUGUCAAACACGCGUACAGAUGCGUUGUGAAGUCCAGCAGAUAUGAAUGUGUGAAGAGUUUCAAACAGUUGUGUUGUAGAUGUAGUGAACUCCUUUGAUUGUGUUAGCUAUCAAAAUUCGUCUGGGUUUUUGUCCCAAAGAAAUGGAAUACUGUCAAGAAAAACAUUCGUGAUGAGACUUCAAUUUACUGUAAGGUGGGAUGUUUAGGAAAUGAUGAUUAAAUUCAUUGUAAUAGGCUGGGUUUGUUCCUGUGCACUUUACACAGGAGCAGUGUUGGGUAAGUUACUCUGAAAAAGUAAUUAAUUACUAGUUACUAAUUACACAUUCGAUAAUGUAAUUAGAUUACUUCGUAACUAGUUACACCCAACACUGCACAGGAGUUCAAUGAUUAAUGAUUCGUUGCGUAAUAUCGAAGCAGAUGAGACAGGACGGUUUUAUCGGCUACAAACAUACCGCGCGCACGUUUUUGUCUGUAAAACAGGUGAAUAUCUGUGGUUAAGGGUCCAGGUUCAAUCACUCAGAGCAUGCAUACGUUGAUUUCAGUUGAUGUAAUGAUUUCAUUUCAAGACUUUAUAGAUGACUGUAUGUUUGAAUACGGAAUAAAAGAAUGAUUAAAUA